CACAUAUAAGCGCAGCUAACAGUCUUCUACAGGGCCUUUACUGCGUAGAACUAGGUUAUCACAGCGGAGCAGCGGAGUCAGUAACCGUCAAAGACAGCACAGUUUUGUGGAAACAAUCAAGUGAGGGAAGCAUGAUGCGGUUCGUGUUCAUCAUUUUAUGUAUCAGUUUGCUGCUGGGCUUCACCGAGGGCUCCAAGAGGCCUAGGUGCGACAUUGCAAACUGGUGGGCGAGCUUAGAUAGGACCACAUGGUCUGUUUGUCUUAAAACCAACACCUACCUCCGAGGAUUUUGGAGGAAUGCUUUUCAACGGGGAGACGAAAGAGUUGGACGCCUGGAAGAGGGAAGGUGCUGCGAUGCUGUGCAGCCCCAAUAUGCAGGUCAACCGGCAACAUGUUCAAAUACAGACUUGUCAGACAGGUUGAAUCGGUAUAACGUCUGGGCCCUUUGUCCUUCCGGUUAUUUCAUGAAUGGCCUCAGACUUGAUUGUUCUCUUCCCGCGUUUUUGAACAACAUAGACGAGGCAAAAUGUUGCCGUCCACAGAACCAUCCCAGCAGUUAUGAAGACUGUUACGAUGAAGAUGUUACCAUUUCAUUUGACAAAAAAGGGUGGAGUGAAUGCCAGAGGGACGGUUUUUACAUGACCGGUUUCUACAAGAGUGACUGUAAUAACCUCUAUUGUAUUGAGAAGUUCAGAUGUUGCAAGAUGAAAGAUGAAACUGUUGUUAGUGGCAGAUGGAGUGAUUGGGAAGACUGGGGAGAAUGCAACGCUGUCUGUGGAGACGGAGAACAAGAGCGUAAGCGCACUUGUACCAAUCCCUCUCCGUCUAAAGAGCGGGCUCGGUGUUCAGGACCCAGCAAGGAAACACGGCCGUGUAACAAUAGACCAUGCCAUGAAUCAGAGUCAGGUUGUCCAGAGGGUUGGGUUCAUUAUGGAAACUCUUGCUUCCUCGUCAUCGACAUUCCAAUCAGAGAAUGGAAAGAUGCCAGACGAAACUGUCGAAAACUGGGAGGAGAACUCGCUAAAAUUACAUCCGCCACCCAAAAUCAGUUUCUCUUAAACCUUCUUAAGAAGCAGGUGAGGUUUACAAGUCGUGGAGCAUGGAUAGGACUGCAGCGAAGAGGAUCCAAUGCGUUUUACUGGACAGACGACACACCGCUGACUGGCUACACGGCAUGGAAAGUUGGUGAACCAAACAAUGUGCUCGAGAAAUGUGUGUUCCUCAUUGGAAAGAAUUGGAGAUGGGGUUUUACUCCAGGGAAGUGGAAUGACGCCUAUUGCAUCCUUCCCAGUUGGAUUCAUUACAAAGACAUGCCUGUAGCUCUUUGUCAGAAAACGCCAAACGGGAUGGAAGUAUUAUCCCGGCUUCGUUAGCAUCAUGGCGAUGAGAAGAAAUGCAUUUUCUUUGCUUGCUUUGUAUUCGUAAGCUCUAGGGUUUGCUUUUGAUUCAAUAAAGUAAAACAUUGUAAUUGCCAA